AUGACGUCUACUAUACCGGUAUUGGGAGCAAGGGCCCAAACGAUAGGGCCGAUCACGACAAUGCCCAUGUCAAGUAUCUUCACAGCGCCCGCCUCAUGCUCGAACUCAUGGACAUAUGAACCCCAGUCUGCAAACUUGGUCUCAAAUGGCCUCCUGAUGCAGAACGUUGCGGAAAACGACCAUGCCGAUCCUGCAUGUUUCCCUACCGGGUUCAAUCAGUAUGGAAGAGUUCGGGCGACUGUCGUCUAUAGCCCAGCUUACUGUCCACAUGGAUACACCUCGGCCGAAUUAGUCGUACACGAACCGGUCACAACUGCCAUAUGCUGCCUCUCUAACUUCAGCUACUAUGAAGAAAAACGGGACGAGCAAACAACUUUCGUCGGAUGUCUAAGCAUCUUUCCUAGUUCGUCAUCUACUCUCGUCACCGUCCGCGAGGUUCAGGGGGAAAGCAGGCAGGUCUCCGGUCCAGUCACCAUGUGGGCGCAAGCAAUCCAAGUUGAGAUGCAAGCUUCAGACAAGAGCCUAUUUGUCCCCGCCACUACGACCACUUCCGAGAGCAAGACCCGAACAUCAUCCUCCGAUGGACCAUCCGACACGGCAAAAUCAACAUCCGAUGCCUCAUCCAGCACGGUAAAUUCAUCAACUUCAUCAACCACUUCAUCAACACAGACCAGCCAAACAGUCCCCUCAGCCCCAGCUGCUCCAGAUAUCCCAGAGCCAGCAAACCCAAGCCCUGCAGCUCCAGGCACAGGCACAGGAACAGAGACAAACGGACUAUCGACCGGAGCAAAAAUCGGCGUUGGCGUUGGUGUCGGUGCAGCAGGACUGAUCGUACUCGUCGCUCUAUUAUUCUGGUUCUUCCGACGACGCCAGCAAAAAGGACAAAAGCCUCUCCCAGACACAUCAUCUUCUUGUGGAAGCCACCCAGAAAUUAGCGAGCUUGGAGGAAGCACUCAGGUUGAGCCGGGCACGCUCUACCAACGGCCAGGACGCGGAAUACCAAGCGAGGCUGGUGGUAGCUCGCAGGCGGGAGAAUCUAGCAUUGUGGCGUACACGAGGACGACUGGACCUUCUGAGCUCCACGCGACAAACGCCGGCCCGAAGUUCGUACAUGAACUUAGUGCUUAG